GGACAAUCGUCGCCAUCUAGGAAGCAUUGCUGGAAAUUAGGUAAGAUGCCGCUGGUUGUGGUGUGUGGAUUUCCGAGUAGUGGAAAAUCCUUGCGGACUCAACAGCUGAAGGAAUACUUCGAGAAGGAACUCGAGAAACCUGUUCAUGUGGUCUCCAGCGAUUCUGAUUUGUCGAAGAACAACGUUUUCGCAGAUUCUAACAAGGAAAAGGAACUAAGAGGGAAACUUAAAUCAGAAGUCUCACGGCUGCUCUCAAAGGAUAAUACAGUUAUCCUGGAUGCAGCAAAUUACAUAAAAGGUUACCGCUAUGAGCUCUACUGUCUUUCCAAAAGCGUAAAGACAACACAGUGCACUGUGCACACAGACACGGCAGUUGACAGGUGUUGGGAGUGGAAUACAGAACGGCCACAAGAGGAGCAGUACACUAAAGAAAUAUUUGAUGCCUUGAUCCAGAGGUUUGAGCAUCCAGACUCUAGAAACAGGUGGGAUUCACCGCUGUUUACAAUUCACUACGACGAAGAACUACCUGUCACUGCAAUCUCGGAAGCACUCUUUGAUAGAAAAGCCCCACCUCCCAACAUGGCAACACAGUGUCAACCUCUGUCAUCUACAAACUUCUUGUACGACGUGGACAGAGUCACGCAAGAAACCUUGCAGGCCAUUCUACGAGAACAGAACACAUGUAGCAUUGGCGAUUACAUCGCUAUUCCAGGUUGUACAGAAAAGAUCCUGCUUCAACAUAAAUUCAGGGCGGCUGAACUCUCUCGGCACCGACGGCAGUUCAUAAGCUACGCCAAGACCCAUCCUGCAGAUAUUGCUCAGAUACCGAACUUGUUUGUACACUACAUUAAUGAAACUACGUAGGAUAAUAAAUAUAUUUAUAUGUCCCGCA